AUGGCCGUGGCCACGGCCACUGCCAUUCUCUCUGUCUUUACAACCGUCGAUGCUCAGCGAGCCUUGGAGAAUCUCGGCCGCGGGGUCGUUGCAAUCCGUUCCGCAGACGACGCGGCCUUCGUCAGCUGGAGAGUGCUAGGUCUGGAUCCGGAGGACAUCGGCUUCAACCUCUACCGCGCCGCAGGUGACGGGGACCCGGAGCGCCUCAACGACGAGGUUAUCACCGGCGGUACCAACUACGAGGAUUCUUCAGCGGAUUUGACUCAGGAUAACACGUACCAUGUCACUACAGUUGUGGAUGGGGAGGAGAGCGAUGCAAGUGAAAGCUGGACGCUUGAAGCCGACGCCGAGGUUGGCCCGUAUUUCCGCAUUCCGAUGGAAUCUGGCGGCGCCAUUCGAUACAUCUGGGUUGGCGAUCUGGACGGAGACGGCGAGUAUGACUUUGUCGUUGACCGUCAGGAGUCGCCGCAGCGCCUGGAGGCGUACAGUCGCAAUGGAACGCGGCUGUGGGAGGUUAACAUGGGCCCGAACAGUGAGAACCAGGACAACAUCGAGCCAGGCUCGACGGCCUUUGACUUAGGGAACUGGGAUGGUGUGACUGUUUAUGACUUUGAUAGCGAUGGCUACGCCGAGGUUGCGCUGCGCAUUGCGAAUGGCGUGGUCUUUGGUGAUGGCGAGACCUUCGAGUAUGACGAUGAUGACCACCAGUUCGUUGCCUUCCUUGAUGGGCAGACUGGAGCUCUGCGCGCGACUGGAGAGAUCCCGGAUGAUUAUAUUGAAGACGGGCCUAUGGGUGCGCGGUUUGGUGCUGGGUAUCUUGACGGAGAGCGCCCGCAUCUCGUUGCCUUUUUGAAGAACCGCCAGGAUGGUGGUGAUUUCAACCUCAUCGAAGCGGCGUGGACGUUUGACGGCGAGUCUGUGGAGCUGGCAUGGGCCUGGAAGCGCGAGGACCAGGACUGCCCUGACGGCCACAACACCCGUAUCAUCGACGUUGAUGGCGAUGGCAAGGACGAGGUCGGUGAGAUUGGAUUCAUGCUCAACGGCGAUGGCACUCUUCGAUACUCUCUCGGUCCCGAGGGAAUUGUCCAUGGUGAUCGGUGGCACAUUGCCAAGAUGGACCCCAGCCGUGAUGGCCUCCAGGGGUACGGCGUGCAGCAGGAUAACCCGUCGAAGCUGUAUGAGUACUACUAUGAUGCCACCGACGGUACCAUCAUCUGGAAGCACGAGAACGACGAAGAAGGCGACAACGGCCGUGGAAUGGUCGCCGACAUUGACCCGAACUACGAGGGCAUGGAAGCCUGGUCGUUCCUCGGCCUCUACAACGCCCCAUCGGAGGAACUGACCCAGGAUGCGGACGUGUACCCCUAUCCCCAGCUCAGUGUGUGGUGGGACGGCGACGAGCUGCGCGAGCUCAUCAACGACGGAAACAUCAACAAAUGGGACGCUGAGGCUGGCGACUUUACACGCCUGGUUACAACGUAUAAAUUGGGCGCAACCACGGCGGACGGUGACCACAUGUUCCAGGGCGAUAUCCUGGGCGACUGGCGCGAGGAGGUGGUCUUCACCAACGAUGACUAUAGCGAGUUGAUUAUUUUCACCACCGACCAGCCCUCCGAUAUCCGAUUGUACACGCUAAUGCAUAACCCGGCUUACCGGAAUGCGGUCACCCUCAAGGGCUACGUUCAGGAUAGCCAUGUCGAUUACUUCUUAGGAUCAGGCAUGGAGACGCCCCCGACUCCUAACAUCACCUAUGUUGGGGCGUAG